CGCCGCUGUGAAGUGGCCGCGCGAGGAGCCAACCAGCCAUGGCCGCCGUCCCGGUCCCGCCACCGCCUCUCCUCGCCUCCCACGCGGCCGUCCGGGCCGCGGCCUCCGCCGUAUCCCACUCCCGCCGGGUCCGCCUCGCCGGCGACCACCCGCCGCAGGUCGCGGCUCUCCGGCGCGGCGACUGGGUCAAGCUCAUCUGUGGCGCCAGCUUCGAGGAUGCUGCUGAUGUCAGGAACCUCUCCCUUGUCUACACUCUUGCUGGAGUGGAUUGCAUCGAUUGUGCAGCAGAUGCAUCUGUGGUGGGUGCAGUGAAUGAGGGUAUUGAUGUAGCGGCAUCAAUCGUACCAGAAGUUCAAAGGCCAUGGGUGAUGAUUAGUGUUAAUGAUGAUUGCAGAGAUCUUCAUUUCCGUAAAGCUGGGUUUGAUCCUGAGGAUUGCCCACCGGAUUGCUCAAAGCCAUGUGAGAAAGUUUGCCCGGCUGAUGCAAUAUCACUAGAGCAUUCCAUGGUUGGUGGAGAGCACACUGGAUCUGAUCCUUUACGUGGUAAAUAUGAGGGUGGUGUAAUUACAGAGCGGUGCUAUGGAUGCGGUCGAUGCUUACCAGUUUGCCCAUAUGACAGAAUAAGAGCUGUGUCCUAUGUUCGGGACCCUACUAUGACUGCUGAAUUAUUGAAAAGUAAUGAUGUUGAUGCAAUAGAGAUACAUACCACUGGAAAGGGAACUGAUAUGUUCAAUACCCUCUGGGACAGCUUGAGUGGGUCCAUCAAUAAUGUGAAGCUGGUUGCAGUUAGUCUUCCUAAUAUAGGAGAAUCAACUGCCGAUCUCAUGAAUGCAAUGUACAUAAUAAUGGAGUCCCAAUUUAAAGGGUAUAAUCUUUGGCAGUUAGAUGGCCGACCUAUGAGUGGCGACAUUGGCCGAGGUGCAACAAGGGAGACAGUUUCUUUUGCCACUCAUGUGGCUUCAAUGUCAGAAAGACCUCCUGGCUUCUAUCAGUUGGCCGGUGGCACCAACUCAUACACUAUUGACUGCUUAAAGAAAGCUGGUCUUUUCCAAUCUAUUUCUGUUGCAGGGACCGCAGCCUCUGAAAUAGCCAGUUCUCACCAAGCUUUAAUCGGAGGGAUUGCUUAUGGUGGCUAUGCUCGCAAGAUCGUUGGACGGGCUUUGCGCAAAAUACCAGAACAGUUUGGUCGUGUGCGCAUCGAGGAUCAUCCGGAUCAUCUACUGGAGGCACUACAAGAAGCCAUGUCAUUAAUAGGACCUGUGAAGGAUUAUAAUCCAGUCCUUCCAAGCCUUUCCCAUGACACAAGUUGACAGACAAUAAAAAGAAGAUAGCUACAGUACUUUCCAACCCAGUUUUGGGUCUGCACUGCCAUCCAGAAGGCGAAGAAAAAGCGCAGCAUAUUGUAGCCGUGGCAGUGAUGUCAAUGUGGUGAUCAUUGGACGAGGAAACUAAUGCUAGCUGUUGGUCGAUCGCUCGUUCUAGAUGGAUCAAGGGCUACCUGUGGAACGUGGAGUGCCGUGGUCCUGCAAACAUCUCACGUUUCCUUCUGUCUUUGUAGAUGCAGCAGUUGAAUUUUCUGGAAUACAAAAAACAAAAAACGUACAUGUGAAACAAGUUGCCUGGUGUUUUUGCCUUUCCAAUUGGCUGACCCUGACCGGCCAUAUCCAUAUCCUUAUGCAGGCACAUCUGCAGAGAUGACCUUUGACAAAUUCGAGCAGCAGCCACCAUUUUUUA